CGGCCCCGCCAGGAGCCGGCAGCGGGCGGUGGCACGGGCGGGACGGCGCCGGGGCCGCUGAGGUGAGGAAGAGGCAGGAAAACAGUGAGACAGGACAAAGCUCCCACCUUCACUGCAGCCUCACCUGGCCUCGGGCAGCUCCCUGUGAGCAGAUGUGCAGGUCAUGUCCCCAUAGCAGGUGCCCGAGGUGCUGAUGUGACACCCACCACUGGUUGCCAGGACCAUGGGGAAACUGCAGAGUAAAAUCAGCUUCCACACCACCAAAUACAGGGCCGACAGCUCCGUGGGACAGACGGGACCCGCUGGCGCCUCCCGGCAGCACAGCGCUCACACCGACGCUGUCACCUCAGUGGCUGCCCUCAAACCAGACCUGUGUGUGUCAGGAGGAAGGGAUAAGAGUGUGGCUGUGUCCAGCUGGAGGUCCGGGGCUGCCCUGCGCCACUUCACCGGCCACAAGCAUGAGGUCACCAAGGUCACCUCAGCCCUUGACUCCAACAGAGUCUUCAGCGCAUCCCGGGACAAGACGGUGAUGAUGUGGGAGCUUCACGGGGCUUCGGGGCCAAGCCAGCACUUCCCAGGACAUGACCUGGUUGUUACUGGACUGGCUGUGAGCCCAGAUGCCUCCCAGCUGUGCACGGGCUCCCGGGACAACACCGUGUGCAAGUGGGACACUGAGACCGGGGAGUGUCUGGGCAGAGCUGCAAUCUCCAGGAACCUGGUCACACACCUGUGCUGGGUUCCUGGGGAGCCUUAUGUCAUCCAGACCUCAGAGGAUAAAACCACCAGGGUGUGGGACAGCCGGGAGCUGCAGGUGGCCCACACGUUCCCAGCCAAGCAGCACAUCCAGACAUGCUGUGACGUGAGCCAGGACGGGCGGUACUGCCUCAGCAGCAGCAGCGGCUCCGCUGGCCACGGCGCCGAGGCCACCCUCUGGGACCUGAGGCAGACCAGGGGCCGAGUGUGUGAGUACAAAGGGCACUUUCAGACCACCACCUCCUGUGUCUUCCUGCCCUGGGGCCCCACACUCGCCCCCAGCAUUGCCACAUCAUCCAGCGACAGCACAGUGAAGGUCUGGGACCAAGGCACUGCAGCCUGCCUGGCCACGCUGUGCCUCGAGGGCUCGGGCCCGCUGGCCUCGCUGGCCGCCUGCGACAGCUCCACCCUGCUCUGUGCCAGCUCCAACUCCGGCAUCCACGUGCUCCGUGUGAGGGGCGGAGCAGAGCUGGCCCUGGAGGAGGUGGCAGCAUUCUGAGCACUGGAACCCCCUGUCAGACACUGUUCCUGGAGGAGGUGGCAGCUGGCAGCGUUCUGAGCACUGGACACCCCCCCUCUCCACUGUCACAGAUUGUCCCAGGAGGGGAUGUGACCCCCAAGAGCUGCCCUGACAUUGGGCAGCAGGACUCUGCGCCUGUGGGGUACAGCAGCAGGGCUGGGGGAGUUGCUGGUUGGUUUGUGGGUGACAGGGAAGCAUCAAAGCUAUCCAGGAGAAAAGCCAAACCCUGGGAGCCUUCAGGCCAAGCUCCUGCUCCUCACUGAACCUCCUGCAUUUUCCUUAUAAAGCCUCCCUGCAGCCAGAGGCACAGGCUGGGCAGAAGGAGAUGAGACACCAGGACCAAGGGACAGAUACUCGAGCACCAGGCUGAGCACACACAGCUGGACCUGGGCUUGGACCUCAGGAGACUGCAAUGAAAUAAUUCUUCUGUGUUAGUUGCUGGCCUCUCAUUCCAUCAUAUUUUCCCUGGAAGGAACUGUGCUCAUGUUCCCAAGGAACAGACAGCUGCUCUCCAGCUGACAGCAGUGAGGUGAAUCUGUCUUGUCUUUACUCCUGAAGGUUUUCAUCCAAUCACAGAACCCCCUGAGGUGGAGGGACCCACCAGGCUCCCCCAGCCCAGCCCCUGGCCCUGCCCAGACCCCCCACCAACCCCACCCUGGGCAUCCCUGGCAGCGCUGUCCAAAGGCUCCUGGAGCUCUGGCAGCCUCGGGGCCGUGCCCAUUCCCUGGGGAGCCUGGGCAGUGCCAGCACCCUCUGGGGGAAGAACCUUGCCCUGAGCUCCAGCCUGAGCUGCCCUGGCCCAGCUGCAGCCGUUCCUGGCUCCUGUCCC